AUGGACUGGGCCAACGCCAAGGUUGAGGUGCCUGGACUGUGGGUCCCUGUGCUGGUUGUUGUUCUGCUAGGGGGAGCAUGUCAGGCACGCCCUAUCCCUGACUCCAGUCCCCUUCUCCAAUUCGGGGGUCAAGUUCGGCAGAGACACCUCUACACAGAUGACACGCAGGACACAGAAACACACCUGGAGAUCAGGGCGGAUGGCACAGUGGCGGGGGCUGCCCAUCGGAGCCCCGAAAGUCUCUUGGAGCUGAAAGCACUGAAACCAGGAGUCAUUCAGAUCUUGGGAGUCAAGACAUCCAGGUUCUUGUGCCAGAGACCAGAUGGGACGCUGUAUGGCUCGCUCCACUUUGACCCUGCAGCCUGCAGCUUCAGAGAGCUGCUUCUGGAAGAUGGAUACAACGUUUACCACUCGGAAGCACUGGGGCUGCCCCUGCGCCUGCCCCUGCGCCUGCCUCCGCACAGCUCCGCACCGCAGGACGCGGCCCCGCGGGGACCUGCCCGCUUCCUGCCACUGCCAGGCCUGCCCCACGCCCCGCCGGAGCCUCCAGAGAUCCUGGCUCCCGAGCCCCCCGACGUGGGCUCCUCCGACCCUCUGAGCAUGGUGGGCCCUUUGCAGGGCCGAAGCCCCAGCUACGCUUCCUGA